GUUCCGCUCCGUUCCGCUUUGCUCCGUUUUCUGCUCGCAACAGCGAUCGGCUGCCGAUCGACUCGCAAACUCGCGAACUCGCAAACUCGCAAACUCGCGAUCAUCGACUCGGCUCCGCUCCGCUCGCGGUCUUCGUUCUCGUUUUCGUUUUCGUAUUCGCGUUGGACGCGCCGCGCGACGUGGGGGCGCUAACAACGGCUCACGGUGGCAGAGUGGCAAGGUCGUUAAACGUGCCCAGAUCGGAUAGAUAGAGGAAACGGUCUCGGGGGCCUCGUGCUGUUGCGUACGAACGCUCGAGGAGCGGCUUUCACUUUUGCCACGGCUGUUCGCGACUUCGGCCGCCAUUGUCGCGGGGACACCAAGAUGACUCGGAACGGUUUCACCUUAUUGGCGCAAGGUCUGGUCCUGUCGACGGUGACGCUGACGUUGACGCUGACGCUGACGCUGACUCCGAUUCGGACAGCGGCCGCUUACGACCCCGGCGACGAGUCGCUGAAGGACAUCCUGCUGCCGGAAGGACGGUUCGAGGCGUUCUACCUGAAAGGAUCUCAAGAAGAGGAGCAGAACGCGGUCCGACCGGCUCAUCUUCACGGGUCGUUUCACCAGUUCAGGAACCCGGCGCUGAUCAACGCUCCGAACAGCGCGGCCUACGGCUUUCGUUUCGAUGGAAAGCGUCGCUUCAACUACGAGUAAAACCGCGGCUGUCCCGCGGGUCCGGGCGAUCGAUCGUCGUCGCCUCGGCGUCCGCGGAUCGCGCGUCACGCAUCGGGUGCCGGGCCGCGAAGCGACGCGCCGCGGACUAUGGAAUCUUGUUCACGGUCCGCUCUUUCGUUUCUCCGUCGAACGAAGUCGCGCGGAUCUUAUCGCCGAAAUUAAAAUCCGCGAACGCGGAGUCGACCGUCUUUCUCCGUUUCGGCAAUUCGUAUUUCGUCCGGCCCGGCCGGCCCGGCCGGCCAGCCCGGCCAGCCAGCCCGAUCGAGUCGUUCGCGCUCCGUCGCUUCGAUCCGCGGAACGAUGAAACGAUAAACGAUUCUGUACUCCGCACACCGUAUACAUUAAACGCUUUUACCACGAAA